AUGGAUUCUAAUGAAAUCCUCCACUGUCUUGAGCAAAUGGACAAACUCAAUGCAGAGAGAAACUACAGCGACAUGUUGGUGCUUCUCAGGGACUUGGACAAGCAGCAUGUCUCUGCAAAGCAACUGCAAACCACGGAUAUUGUCAAAGUCCUCUACCAAAUCCUCAAAUCCUGCAAAGACGACACUGUAAGGAAGACGGUGAGGAGAGUAUUGGCCAGAUGGAGAAGAGAAUUUGGCAAACAGAGGGAUUUGGAGCCGGAGCCAUGUGGAAAUACUGAAGCAAGUGACACUGGAGUCGAUUUGAAGCAACAAGAAGGCUCUUCCAAUCCAGACCAUGUCAAUUUAUCUGAAAAUGUAUCGUCAAUUCGAUCAAAAUGCGUGGAACUUCUUCUGUCUGCCAUCUGCCUGCAGCCCAGCGACCGCGAGAAAGCUUCAAAACUCUCAGAAUGCAUCGAAAACAACAUUUACGACCUGCACAAGUCCAACACGCCAAAGUACAAACGCUGCGUCCGAAGCAAAAUAUCAAACCUGAGGAACCCCAAAAGUGGUUAUCUCAGGGAGGGGCUUCUGAACGAGUCGAUAUUGCCCCAAGUCUUUGCCCAGAUGUCCACGGAGGAAAUGGCCAGUCCAGAUUUGAAGCAGCUGAGGCGGGAAUACUCUGUGAAAAGCGUGAGUGAAAGACAGUUGCCAGGGACGGUAGACGGGACGGCCACUACGAAGGUCCGGUGUAGGAGGUGCGGAGGGAUGGACUGUAAGGUGACGCAGGUGUCGAGGGGGGCCCUGUUCCUGCCCGCCUGGGUCAGACAGAGCGGCCCUGACCACGAUUCCAUGACCUUUGUGACCUGCAGCUCGUGCGGACAGCAGUGGUACCUUAGCAACUGGACCGCAGACAGAACCAUCCAGCUGCGCAAUGGCCUCACGGAUGACGAGAGUCUGAGGAACCGCGCGGACUCAGGUUUGUGGAAGAUGAGCAGUGUUUAUUGA